AUGGAGGACAAAGAAGACUUUCUGGAAUGUUUGGACAUGGCAAUAGCAGCGCAAGCUCUACCAGCUACCGGGCACUUGGAUGCACUAGCCAGUGAAAACGAUCUCUUUCUAUAUCUUAAAGAAGUGUCCACCCCUGCUGACUUGCUCGCAGGAGUCUCCGCUUUCGACCUUUCCGUCCGUACCGAUGAUUCUCUCCUUGGUGGCGAAGAGUUUCCUCGAGGAACUAGCGCACUAAUGUAUUUACUACGCGCCAAGAAGGAAUUGCUAGCCAGCACACUUCUAAAUUGGGCAAUGACAGAAGAAGGAGCCGCCGGAAGAUGUCUUCUGGGCCUUCAGGACUCUAAUGGAAUGUCUGCGCUCAUGCUAGCAGCGCAAGGAGGGUUCUUGGAGCUAGUGAGAAGCCUUGCUCCUUAUGAAGCAUGCCUGCAAAUGCAUUCCGAAGCACACAUAAAAUGCUCCGGAACUAAACCGUCGAGCUGGGUAUCUGGGAAGACGGCUCUGAUGCUUGCCGUUGAGGCACGGCACUUUGAUGUGGCCUUGUUCUUGUCUACUUACGAAUCAGGAAUGUUCUUUGUUCUGGAAAGGCAUGUCCGAAACACAGAUCGUACAAAAACUGUUUUUAUCGACCACCUGUUUGCACUAGACAUCCUCGAGAGUAUUUCUCAAGAUUUAGAAAAUGAUCCUCAUGCCAAGAAUCUAUCUGACGCACUAGAUCUCGAUCGCUGGAUGCGCGCUGCAGUUACUAAGGACAUUGCUAGACUUAUAGAAAUGGCUCCUGGCUUUCUCGGUAAAACGAACGGAUUAGGACAGACGGCAAUAAUGAUAGCUUGCUGCAAAGAUCAAGUGGACUCCAUACGGGCCUUGAUACGAUACUGCCCUGAACAGUUUCGCACGUUGGAAUUGAGCAAGCAUGAUGUUUUUGAUAACAACGCGCUCUGUUAUGCGACGCUAAUGAAAUCUGUGGCUUGUGUCACAUUGUUAUCUGCAUACAACGAAGCUCACUACCAGAACUUUUCACUACAUAGGCCUGAUGAGCGUAACAUUGCUUCUCGGUGGAAUGGCAAAGGAGUGAUGAGUUGUUUGGAGUAUGCACAGAGCAUUGGCUUCUGUGACGCAUACCCGCUCUUAUCAGAGCCUCUUUGCCUUAGUAGACGUUUAUAA